AUGAAAUUCCUCCCCACCCUCCUCCUCGCCCUCACCACCCUCACCGCCGCCGCGGAACUCGGCAUCGAAACAACCCACAAGGUCGACUGCACCCGCAAAACCAAGAAACACGAUACCAUCCAGAUGCACUACCGCGGUACCCUGGCGGCCGACGGCUCCGAGUUCGAUGCCAGCUACAAGCGCAACUCGCCUUUGCGGUUUAUUUUGGGUGCUGGGAGGGUUAUUAAGGGAUGGGACGAAGGACUCCUGGACAUGUGUGUCGGCGAGAAGCGCACGUUGACGAUCCCACCCGAGUACGGAUACGGAAACCGUGGCGUGGGCCCGAUCCCUGCUGGUUCGACGUUGAUCUUCGAGACGGAGUUGGUGAAGAACGAGGAUGCGGAUGAGGAAGAGGAGGAAGAGAAGGCUAAGGUUCAGGAUGAGUUGUAG